AUGGACUCCUUGAAGAGUCUCGGACAGCGUGCGACAUUCAAGCGUACGGACACUGGAGACGUUCAAAAAUCCGAAAGCAAGGACUAUGGCGUCACUCGCGAGAAAGAACUGGGCCUGCCAGCUUACAGCCAAGGUGAUGUCGAGCGCCGAGCUUCUGUGKCAUCAUACAAUAUCUCGGGAGUUCACGAUAAUACCCACCGCAAGCUGAAGCCAAGACAUAUCCAGCUUAUCGGUAUUGGAGGUACCAUUGGAACAGCUUUGUAUGUGCAAAUCGGUAGAGGCUUGCUACAGGGAGGACCUGCAAGCUUGUUUAUUGCAUUUUCAUUCUGGUGCUCCGUCGUACUGGCCGUGACGAUGUGCCUGGCCGAAAUGGUGACAUAUCUCCCAAUCUCUUCGCCAUUCAUUCGAUUCGCUGGACGUUAUGUGGACGAGGCAUUCGGCUUCGCCGCUGGGUGGAAUUUCUUCGUGUUCGAAGCAAUUCUGGUUCCGUUCGAAAUUACAGCAUGCAAUGUUAUCAUUGGAUUUUGGAGCGAUACAGUUCCUGUGAGUGCCAUCAUUGCCAUUGUCAUCUUCUUGUACGCACUAGUCAAUCUUGUGAGCGUCAAAUGGUACGGUGAGGUCGAGUUCUGGGCUGCGCUUGGCAAAGUCUUGCUCAUCAUUGGCCUCAUCAUUUUCACAUUCAUCGUCAUGCUGGGCGGAAAUCCUCUAGGAGACCGCUUCGGAUUCCGGAAUUGGAACAACCCUGGCGCCUUCGCGCAAUGGGGAGGAUAUGAGGGAAACCUUGGCUACUUCCUCGGCUUCCUCCAGUGUCUCAUCCAAGCCUCUUUCGUGAUCGCAGGACCAGACUACGUCAGCAUGUCCGCGGGUGAGGCGGAAAACCCACGCAAGGUGCUUCCAGCGGCUUUCAACGCUGUAUUCUACCGCUUGACUACAUUCUUCUGUCUUGGCGCCCUCUGUGUGGGCAUCCUCGUGCCAUACAACGACCAAGAGCUGAUGAAUGCGUUUGAACUUGGACUUCCUGGCGCAGCCGCAUCUCCCUACGUCGUGGCCAUGAAUAGGCUCCGAAUUGGUGUCCUCCCACACAUCGUCAACGCUCUGGUGCUAGCAUCCGCUUUCUCCGCUGGAAACAGCUACAUGUACUGCGCUUCUCGGAGUCUGUUCGGCCUAGCGCUUGAAGGCAAGGCUCCAAAGUUCCUUACAAAGACGAAUCGCAUUGGUGUACCCUACAACUGUGUUAUAGCGGUGCUGCUCAUUUGCUUACUCGCUUUCCUCGAAGUCAGCGCUGGAUCCGCCAAAGUUCUGGGAUGGUUYGUCAGUCUCAUUACCGCCGGACAGUUGCUCAACUUCGCCAUCAUGUGUUUCACAUAUCUCUGCUGGUACCGUGCUUUGGCAGCUCAAGGCAUCUCUCGUGACUCGUUGCCAUACAAGUCGUUCCUCAUGCCGGGCGUUGCCUACUACGGAUUGGCUUGGACAUCGGUAAUGGCGGUCGUCGGAGGAUAUACCGUUUUCUUACCAGGAAGAUGGGAAGCGUCGACAUUCGUGUUCAGCUACUUCAUGAUCUUCUUGACACCUGUGCUCUUCAUCGGAUGGAAAUUGAUUCACAAGACGAAGUGGUACAAACCGGAGGAAGUUGAUCUGGUCGGAGAGACCAAGGAGAUUGAUGAGUACACUCGCAACUUCGUCCAGGCUCCUUACAAAAACGUCGGGGACAAGGUUUUCAACAAGAUGUUCGGAGGUUAG